UGUGUCUGAUCAGUGCCAAAGAGUUAGAGAGAGAGAGAGAGAGAGAGUCCUGUCACAGUAGAAGAACAAGGAUGGUGAGAGCUCCUUGUUGUGAAAAGAUGGGACUGAAGAAAGGGCCAUGGACUCCUGAAGAAGAUCAGAUUUUGAUCUCUUACGUUCAACAACAUGGUCAUGGAAAUUGGCGUGCCCUCCCAAAGAAAGCUGGUUUAUUGAGAUGUGGGAAGAGUUGCAGACUCCGGUGGACGAACUACCUGCGACCAGAUGUUAAGAGAGGAAACCUCAGCAAGGAAGAAGAGGAAACCAUCAUUAAAUUCCAUGAAAUGCUCGGAAAUAGAUGGUCUGUUAUUGCAUCAAGAUUACCGGGAAGAACAGACAAUGAAAUAAAAAAUGUUUGGAACACCCACUUGAAGAAACGGCUCAAAAAUCAUCAGACCAAAGUGCCCAAAUCUGAUUCCAAUUCUCCAAUUCAAUCUGGACCCUGUAUUGAACUCUCCUCAUCAGCAACCGACACAUCCACGACCACGACCACGACCACGACCACAAUCACGAAUAACAUGGUCAUCAAGCAUGAAGAAAUGGACUCAUUAGAGUAUUUUCCUGAAAUCGACAAUAGAUUCUGGUCAGAAGAGUUAUCAACUGAUAAUUCCAACAUGGAAUCAAAAUUUCCCGGUGAUACCGAUGAAUUACAGUCUCAAAUUAUAUCAUCACCGGCUAAUACUAGCACAGACUAUAUCUACGAAGACAGUGACAUGGAAUUUUGGCACAAUCUUUUCAUUAGAGCUGGGGAAUUACUGCAAUUACCAGAAAUUUGAGGGCUGUUUUGGUUGUAUAAUCAUUGUUAGGCUAAGUCGGGGAUUGGUCAAUUUUGUUGUGCUCUUUGAUACUUAACAGAUAGGGUCAGCUUAUUCCAAGGUGGGACAAAUGUUGUCCAUGUCCAAACAUUGACCAAGAAACAAAAAGCAAGUCUAUGAUAAGGAAGAUAUUUUUUAUUCUAGUAAACUAUAGUGUACGUUUGUGGUGACGUGAAGGGGCAAAAGGAUUUGAAUAGCUAAGAAGAUUAAGAACUAGUUAGAGUAGGCAAAAACCCUAAUCACCAUACCCUUGUAAAACAG